AUGUAUUCAUUCUAUUAUUCAGUUAAAUUUAUUCAAAACUACAAUAAAAAAUUUAAGUGCACAGAAUUAAGUAUAGAUAUUAGAAUUGUAUCUCCUACUGAAUUCUACCCUCAAUGUAGUAGUUGGACAGCUUUGUAUAACUCGACUGUACUUAGGAUUUAUGUUCAUAGAGGUUAUAGUGUAUUCUACAUACAUACGGUGGGGAUUUUUUGGUUAGAUUUGUUCAAGAAGCACGAGCUGGACAUGUCUACGUUCGCGUCGCUGAACGAGGCGGAUCUCACGGAGAUCGGCGUCACAGCGUUCGGAGCCCGCAGGAAGAUGCUGCUAAUCAUCGCAGAGCUGCAAAAACAAUCGUGCGGGCUGAAGGGAGCUGCAGGUUCCAGUGCACGUAAGCUACCCACAUCGCCACCGUAUAACACGCCAGCACUCACCGAUAAAUGGUAA